UAAAACUGAGUUUACAUUUAAAAAGCUAUUUGUAUUGAAGAACUUGUUUUGAUUCGUAAAUUAAGAUCAAUUGAUAGUCAAAAGGAAAUGGAAAAGAAUUGCAAAGAAAACCAAUUUUAUACUUAUGUCACAAAAACAAUUGAUUUGCCAUUUAUUAGACUAAACCGGGAGCUGUCUUCGGGCGCGUGGUGUCCGUCCAGACAACUGACUGCACCCCUUUCGGGCACCGAAUGGAUUCAAGUGAACUUUCGGGACCAGUAUGUGGUCACCGGUAUUGCAAUUCAGGGCCGGUUUGGCAAUGGAGUGGGCGUUGAAUACGUGGAGGGCUUUUGGAUUGAGUAUUCACGCGAUAACGGAAGCACUUGGCAUAAGUGGACCGAUCAGAAUGGCGAUCAUAAACUUUCCGGAAAUACUGAUACAUAUACUGUGGUAACUCACGAGUUAUCGCAUCCAUUGGUUGGCAUUAAUCUGAUCCGAAUCGUGCCCUUUGCCAGCCAUCAGAGGACUACUUGUCUUCGGCUGGAAGUGUUUGGUUGCAAACAAAGAUACCUUCCGGUCAUGUAUUCAAUGCCAGACGGAUAUGAAAGCGAUAGGUUUGGAGAUUUGGUUGACAUGACAUAUGACGGCCGUCAGGACGCGCACAGGUAUCUGUCCGGAGGCGUCGGACAGUUGAUUGAUGGCAUCAAAGGUGACGACAACUAUAAGGUUAAUAAGGGAUACNAUAAGGGAUACGAAUGGAUCGGAUGGAAGUCUGACGGCGAGCCCAACAGUUCCGUACAAAUCAUUUUCCAAUUCCCGAAGACUGAGAACUUCACGUCCGGUGUCUUUCAUUGCCAUAAUAUUUACUCCCAAGACAUGGAAGUGUUCUCUUCGGCCAAAGUGUGGUUCAGUUUUGACGGCAAGUAUUGGUCCAAAAAACCCGUAGAGUUCUCGUAUAUGGCCGACAAUGUGAUCGAGAAGGCCAGGGAUGUAGUCAUACAUCUUCAUCACAGAAUCGGACGCUUUGUUAAGUUUGAGCUAAAGUUUGCGAAGAAGUGGAUCCUUAUAAGCGAAGUGUCGUUCAAACUGACGAGAAUUGACAUUAAUUUUACCGAAAAUUACGCUCAUUUGGAUUAUGUGCCGCCCAUUACUCCCAUCACAACCGCCGCCAUAAACAGCAACAGAUCUCUGAUCAGCGAAUCCCUGGUUUUGAUCUCUUUUGGUGUCAUAUUUACCAUCAUUUUCACCGCUAGUAUUGUUUUGCUUCGUUUCCAUAUGAAGAGGAGGGAUAAGACGGGACAUAUGGGUCACGAAGUUUCCCAUUCAAUAAAGGAUUUGGCCACUUCUCCGCUGUAUUGCGAGCCGAAGGAUUUCAGUCCAUCCCGUAGUUCAUCGCUCAAUGACCCGGAAUAUGCGGUCCCAGACGUAGCCCUCACUAACCCUAACAUUACGUAUAUAACAAACAAUCAAAAGGCAACCACACUAUCCAUACCGUCGGCAAAGAGUACACCGAAACACUUGAUUGAGAAUCCAUUCGUCGGACACCAGAAGUAUUACGCGUCCACUGAUAUC